GCUCGCCAGAGCCCUUGGCCCCAACUGUUAGGAAAGUUCUGCGCCGGGCGGAACCUGCCGCCGUCAGCCGCGCCCCUGCGCGCGGGACCCGCUCUUGAACUCCGCGGCGCGCGCCCCGGGGUCCACCUUGCGCCGCCCCGCGCGCAGCCGAGGAGCAGCUGCCGGGAAACCCUAUGAAGUCUCCAGAAAGGGCGUGACGAAGGGUCCUGCGGGCGCGGUCCCGGCUGCCCGGGUUCCCCUUCGGUGGAGCUCGCCCGCAGCAGAGCAAGAGGAGAGGUGGAGGAGGAGGAUGAGCGUGCAGCCUCUGGGGACCUCUGCGCCCUAAGGCCAGCAUGUAAGUGGCUUCCCAGCUCCGAGCCAUUUGCACCUCCAUCUGUGUCCCCUUCUCGACCCCGUAGCUCAGCGCUCCCCUGAAAGGUACCAGCUACGGUAACUGAAGCUUCAGCGUGCUCCUCGAGGAUGGGUGAGGCACCAGGGAUGAGGUGCUGCCAUCGGAGAUGGAAGCUGAGUGCCCUUCUACUCCCGUUUACUUUAUGGAUUAUGUGUACUCCUUCCUCAGUGUGGGGAUGUGACAACUGCAGGACUAUCCUAUCCAGUCCUUCUGGAACUUUUACUUCUCCAUGCUACCCUAAUGACUACCCUAACACCCAGUCUUGCUCAUGGACCCUCCGAGCCCCUACCGGCUACAUCAUCCAAAUAACAUUUAAUGACUUUGACAUUGAAGAAGCUCCCAAUUGCAUCUAUGACUCAGUAUCCCUUGAUAAUGGAGAGAGCCAGACAAAAUUUUGUGGAGCCACUGCCAAAGGCCUGUCAUUUAACUCAACUGUGAAUGAGAUGCACGUGUCUUUUUCGAGUGACUUUAGUAUCCAGAAGAAAGGUUUCAACGCCAGCUACAUCCGAGUUGCCGUGUCCUUACGGAAUCAAAAGGUCAUUUUGCCCCAGACAUUUGAUGCUUACCAGGUAUCAGUUUCUAAAAGUGUCUCCAUUGCUGCGCUCAGUGCUUUCACACUGUGCUUUGAAGUCUCCAAAGUUGGGAAUGAAGAUGACGACUGGAUAGCUUUCUCUUACUCCGAUAAGUCCCUCAAACAGCUGCUCAGUUUCGAAAAGGCCAACGAUGGCUACUUCCUGUCGAUUUCUGGCUCAAGAUGCUUGCUGAACAGUGCAUUUCCUGUGAAGGAAAAUGAAGACAUCUUCACAGAAAACUUUGCACAGCUCUGUCUUGUGUGGAAUAAUGCUUUGGGCUCUAUUGGCGUAAAUUUCAAAAAGAACUUUGAAACGGUUCCAUGUAGUUCCGCCGUGAGUACGGUCAUACCUGGGGAUGGGACAUUGUUGUUGGGCUCCAACAGAGAUGAAAUUGCCUCUCUAAAAGGCAGCAUCUAUAACUUUCGACUUUGGAAUUUUACAAUGGAACCAAGAGUCCUUGCCAACCUCAGCUGUAGUGUGCCCGGGAAUGUUGUGGACUGGCACAAUGACUUCUGGAGCAUCCCAACCCAGGCUCUUAAAGCUGAGAACAAUCUGAGCUGUGGUUCCUACCUGAUCCCGCUCCCGGCAGCUGAGCUGACGAACUGUUCAGAUCUGGGGUCUCUCUGUCAAGCUACUGUAAGCCCUCCUAGUACUACACCACCCACUGUCACCACUAAUAUCCCUGUUACUAACAGAGUCCGUAAACAAAAGAAUGACGGGAUACUGUAUAGAAUAUCUGUUGUGAUUCACAACGACCUUAAUCACCCUGAAGUGAAGGUGCAGAGCAAGGUAGCAGAAUGGCUCAAUUCAACCUUCCAGAAUUGGAACUACACUGUCUACGUGGUUAAUAUAAGUUUUCAUCGUAGCACAGGGGAGGACAGGAUUAAAGUCAAGAGAGACACCAUGGAUGAUGACAAAAGGUUGGUGCUGUGGGCUCUUCUAGUCUAUAAUGCCACCAAUAAUGUCAACCUUGAUGGAGAAAUAAUUGAACAGAAGCUUUUAACAAACAACGCAUCGCUGGAGGACGGCCUGAGACUGUACACAGUCAAUGUGAAGCAGCUAGGUAUGUGUAGUGCCUUGGAGGAUCCAGAGGGCUUUAGUUGGCCAGCCACCUCAGCUUCUGUCUACAAACAUCCAUGCCCUAACAAGCCUGGCUUUUUCGUGACACGGACAUGCCUUUCUAAUGCAACGUCGACCUUCUGGGGCCCCGUUGAUAUCUCCAACUGUUCACGACAAUCAAAUGAAGUGGCCAAUGAGAUAUUAGACUUAACUGGUGACGGGCAGAACCUAACCUCAGCCAAUAUUAACAGCAUUGUAGAACAGGUCAAAAGGAUCGUGAGCAAAGAAGAAAAUAUUGAUAUAGCUCUCGGCUCCACUCUCAUGAAUAUAUUUUCUAACAUCUUAAGCAGUUCAGAUAGUGAUUUGCUGGAGUCCUCUUCUGAAGCUUUAAAAACCAUUGAUGAGCUAGCCUUCAAAAUAGACCUGAAUAGCACACCACAUGUGAAUAUUGCUACACAGAAUUUGGCUCUUGGAGUUUCAUCCCUGAUGCCAGGGACGGAUGCACCUUCAAAUUUUAGCAUUGGCCUUCCAAGUAAUAACGAAUCCUAUUUCCAGAUGGACUUUGAGAAUGGACAGACAGAUUCGUUGGCAUCUGUGAUUUUACCCCCAAACUUGCUGGAGAAUUUAAGUCAAGAAGACUCUGCUUUAGUCAGAAGAGCACAGUUUACUUUCUUCAACAAAACUGGACUUUUCCAGGAUGUUGAAUCGCAAAGAAAAAUCCUAGUGAGUUAUGUUAUGGCAUGUAGCAUUGGAAACAUUACUAUCCAGAAUCUGAAGGAUCCAGUUCAAAUCAAAAUCAAACACACCAGAACUCAGGAAGUGCAUCGUCCCAUCUGUGCCUUCUGGGAUAUGAACAAAAAUAAAAGUCUUGGUGGAUGGAACACCUCAGGAUGUGUUGCGCACCCCGAUUCCAAUGCUGGGGAGACCAUCUGCCUUUGUACACACUUCACUCACUUCGGAGUCCUGAUGGAUCUUCCAAGGAGUGCCUCGCAAAUAGAUGGAAGAAACACAAAGGUCCUCACUUUCAUCACCUAUAUUGGGUGUGGAAUAUCUGCCAUUUUCUCAGCUGCAACUCUCCUAACAUAUGUUGCUUUUGAGAAGCUGCGCAGGGAUUAUCCCUCCAAAAUCCUGAUGAACCUGAGUUCGGCCCUACUCUUCUUGAAUCUCCUCUUCCUCCUGGACGGCUGGAUCACUUCCUUUGAUGUGGCGGGCCUCUGCAUAGCCGUGGCUGCCCUGCUGCACUACUUCCUCCUGGCUACGUUCACCUGGAUGGGGCUGGAAGCCAUCCACAUGUACAUUGCUCUUGUGAAAGUGUUCAACACCUACAUCCACCGCUACAUUCUAAAGUUCUGCAUCAUUGGCUGGGGUCUUCCAGCUUUGGUGGUGUCCAUUAUUUUAGCAAGCAGAAAACAAAAUGAAGUAUAUGGAAAACAAAGUUAUGGGAAAGAACAGGAUGAUGAAUUCUGCUGGAUUCAGGACCCCGUGGUAUUUUAUGUGAGCUGUGCUGGGUACUUUGGAGUCAUGUUCUUCCUGAAUGUGGCCAUGUUCAUUGUGGUCAUGGUACAGAUCUGUGGGAGGAACGGAAAGAGAAGCAACCGGACCCUGAGAGAAGAGGUCUUAAGGAACCUGCGCAGCGUGGUCAGCCUGACUUUCCUGCUGGGCAUGACGUGGGGUUUUGCUUUCUUUGCUUGGGGACCCUUAAAUAUCCCUUUCAUGUACCUCUUCUCCAUCUUCAAUUCUUUACAAGGCUUAUUUAUAUUUAUCUUCCACUGUGCCAUGAAGGAGAACGUUCAAAAGCAGUGGAGGCGCCACCUCUGCUGCGGCAGGUUUCGGCUAGCGGACAAUUCAGAUUGGAGCAAGACAGCAACCAAUAUCAUCAAGAAGAGCUCCGAUAACCUGGGGAAAUCUUUGUCUUCAAGCUCUAUAGGCUCCAACUCAACGUAUCUCACAUCCAAGUCAAAAUCCAGCUCCACCACCUAUUUCAAAAGAAACAGCCACUCAGACAGCACUUCCAUGGACAAGUCCUUGUCAAAACUGACCCACGCCGGUGGAGAGCAGACAUCAAUCAGCUCUGUCCAUCAGGUUAUUGAUAAGGUCAAGGGUUACUAUAAUGCUCACUCAGAUAACUUCUAUAAAAAUAUUAUCCUGUCAGAUACCUUCAGUCACAGUACAAAGUUUUAAUGUCCUUGGUAAAAGGAAAAAAAUAAAAAGAAAAGAAAACCUGUCUGGAGAAAUGUGAAGCUCUGCAUGCAGUGAAAUCGACGCCCAGCGGAAGUCGGUGUGCUGUUACCUAGGCAACUACAGAGCCUUGAGGACUGGAUCUUGUUAGAGAAGCUUUUGUGAGAUGCAGAAUUCAUCUUUUCAGAAUAUUUCUUCUGUGGACGAGCUUCAGUCAUCAUUCUUGAGAACUGGGAACACCUUGAACACUGCAAUUAGAUAGGACGUUUUUUGAAUGAGUAAUUAAAUCAAACUCAUCAGAGUUUGAGGAAAAGGGGAUUAAAAUUAGAGGACACAAAAGGAAGAAGCCCAAGAGUGAAUUCUAGUUUAGAUCUCAUCUACCCCAUCUCAUAAAGACUACAUAGAAAACACACUAAGUAAUGUUUGUAGUGAUUUUGGGUGCUCACGGGUUCUGCUCCAAUGCUAUUUUCUAUGAAUAUAGCAGUGUCUUUUUCUUCUUCAGUGAAAUUUCAACUGUAAGUAGAAAAGAUGUUUAAUAUUUGAUCCACAUAAAAUUAAACGUGCUUUUUUUCCUAUCAUGUUAACUAUUUAACUUUCAUGAAUGUAACUUGCUAAAGAAAGUAUUUCAAAAAUUUGGUCUAGUUGAUAUGGUAUAUAAAUUUCCAAUAUCUCAAGACAUACAGCUUAAACAUCACCACCAUCCCAUGCAUACAACUGAGUGUCAACUUUUUGUUAAAGUAAACUUUCUGGAUGUUAAGAACAAACCUGCUACACACACACACACACACACACACACACACACACACACACAUACAUCCUCCUUCACUGUGCAUUGGGACCUCUGGCUCAGGAGAAGAGUGAUAAUUCCAGUUAAGCACCCUUAUGGGAUGGCCUUUCACCAUGUAAAGAACAUACUUUUGACAUUAUGUGAACCUAUUUGUGCUUUAAUGAUUUUAAGACAUAAAAUCGGAGACCUCACAUAAACUUCAGAAACCUCUGACUUUCCCUGGAAUUUUCUUCUGUCUAGCAUACACUGAAACACACAGUUGGCUCGGUUAACCAAAAUAAUUUAUAAAUAUGUAGGUCUACAACUGCUAGUCGAAGAACUAUUUGCACUGAAUCCUCCAAUCAGAGUGUGUAAGAGCCUAAGGAGGGCUGUGGAGACACACUACUCUAUGGUGUAAUAUUUACGGAUCAGAUUGUGGCAUGCAAGUCACGUGUAGCAUUAAGCAGCUUACCUAAAUCCUCAACGAUCCUAAAGCAAUGUGUGCUUGCUAAUGAGGGUAUGGGUUGUUCUCAAGUGAUGGAAUCUUAUCUGCUGGCUUCAGUACAUGUUGGCUUUAGUCUUGCGCAAAGUUGUCCAAGAAGUUUCAGGUUUGGCAUAACAGCAGCACAAUGAUGACAAAAGGGAGAGAUUCUGGCAGAGGCACUCAGAAGGCAGAGGCCAGACCUGAACCUCUGUGCAGAAAAUAGGUCAUUCUCAGCAAUGAUACAGAAGACCUUGCAGGCUUUACAACAGAUGAAGGAUCUUCUGAAGUCUCACUGAGUGUCAAUCGUGAAACUACUUGCCAGGCUGCGAAAGAUGUUGAUAGAAUGUGGUGGUGGAUUGUUGAUGGCGUUGCAUUUUGUAUCAGCCAGGACUGCCAUCUUGGAGCACAUGAGCUUUGCUAGGCCUGGCUUUCACAGAGGACGAGGCCAUUUAGGAGAAAGAGUCACUUCAGUAGAGCCAACCCCUUCUUUGGGUUCAUAUUAGCGGGCUGCUCAUUGUGCAAGAGGAUACAUUUGGGUAAAACUGAAGCUUAAACAGUCACUAAUUAUUGACGUACUUCCCCCACAAACUUAGGUGGUCAUGAUAGAUUUUAAUUAGCUCUCUACUGUGAGAUUUCUGCACAAAGUGCAUAUUUAAUAAUAAAAAUCAUGACAUAGCUUCAAAAAUGACCUUGCUUUUGAUUUCUACUUAUAAGUAUCCCGAUCUGAGAAACUCUUUUUUAGUUUUUCAUAUUUGGCAAUGACGUCAGCGCCACUUUAAAAAAAAUGUCUGAUGAACAGGUAAAGGAAACAAAAAUGGAGGAAUACCAGACUAGAAAUAUUUACAAGUUUAAAAGACUGAUCCAAAUCCAUCUUCAAUUCCAAGUAUGUGUCUUCAUUUGCAUUUGGCCCUGAGAAGAACGAGCCAGGAACUCCACUGGGGGGCCAGUCUUCGGCCUCCACCCACCUGUAAAACAGUGCCAGGCUCUGGUUUCCCCCCGGCCCCCUCUCUUUUCAUUGGGAAACAUUAGAGCUUCAGUCUAGGGUCCUGAGAUAAUCUCCAUUCUUGUCACUGGUUCUUCCCGUGUAAAGAUUUUCUUUGUCAUUGGCAUUGUCUCGUCUGUACAUAUUUAUUUAUUUGUGUUCAUGUCAGUUUUGUUUCCUAUUUUAGCUUUCUGUUGCCCAGCUUUAUUGUUUUAAUUAACUUUCUAUUAGAGAGACUAUUUUGUUCCUAGAAAAAUUGUGAAACAGUUUUCUGUAGCGAUAUCUUUGAAUAUGAUGGAUAAAAGCAACUGUGAGGGCAGACGAGACUUAGUAGGGAGAAACUGCUAAAGCUGAUUUGCCAUUUUACUGAAAUGGAAAAUGAUUUUUCAAAUAAAUACUUAUGUUGUUCAUGUUCCAAA